CGGUGUGAUGGAGGUGUACAGGUGAGGGCGCGCGGGGGGCGGAGCGCCCUUCAUGCGCCCGCCCAUGGCGCCCGCCUUUACAUUCAGAGGGGUGGUGCGGUGGCUUGUGACGGGGAUCGCUUGGGGGAUGCUGUUUAGCUUGAGUCAAGCUCACACACCACCGUUCACGCCUUUGGCCACUUUGACGCCGCCGUGUCCCACUCACUGCAUUUGUCUGUCGCAAUCUCAGGUGGUGUGUAAUAGCGCUGCACUUCGCGGCGUUCCAUCUGGCUUGAGCCCUUCUGUGACCCAGCUAUCUCUGUCGCGCGCAGACCUACGUGUUCUACGUUCUGAUGCUUUUGCGCAUCUUCGACAGUUGCGUCGUCUUGCUCUAGAUGCCUGUAAUCUAACACGUAUUCGACCCUUUGCAUUCCGAGGCCUGCCCAGACUUCGUGAGCUUUACAUCCAGCACACGCCGUUGGCCACGGUCGAUUCUUUCGCGUUUGCUGCUCUUCAAAAUAUAACUUCAAUAGUUUUAACGCAUAACAGGAUAGCACAGAUCGAAAGUUAUGCAUUUGCAGGAACAAACUUUAUAAAUCUAAUUUCUUUACGAAACAAUCCUAUUAAACGCAUUCUGGUGCAUGCGUUCUCUGGACUCAACGACGUGGGGCAAAUUGAGCUACCAUCAGGGAUAAGAACUAUAGAACCACAAGCGUUCGCGGGCUUAGAGGGGAUCGGCGUAUUGGAGCUUGCGUUUAUGGAUUUGCCGUCAUUACUCCCGGACACUUUCCACGGACUGAUACGAGUCGGACGCCUUUCCCUACGCGAGUCUGAUCUAGGUAUCAUUAAAGUUGGAUCAUUCGACGGACUACAGCACGUGGAUACGCUUGAAAUAUGUAACAACAAAAUCGAUGGUAUCGAAGAGCUGUCAUUGGUCCAGAAUAAUAGUGUGCGAGUAUUUAAAUUAACCGGCAACCAUAUGUUAGAAUCCCCGGAGGCUGUCGUGCUAGAAGUUGAGAAUAUUAUUAUCCGAGGGAAUCAUUUGCCGUGCGAGUGUGGACGUGAUCCAUUCACCAAUCCUUUGGCGUUGAGUCAAGAUUUUGCGGAAGAAAAUUAUUGUAUAUCACCGUUAAAAGUGCGUGGUCGAAGUCUUGCUAGUGCGACGAGUGGCAGCGCUGGUUGUCGUGGGGAGACUGGUGGCAGUGCACGGGCGCGAGCUUCUGCUGGUGCGGGUCCUGCCCGGAAUGUCUACUCUCUAGCUGAAUUAAACCUAGCUUCCAUGGCUGCAGUCGUUGCAUUCCUAGCGACUUGAUCACCGUCGGUGUUCAAUUAUGAAAUGUUGUAUCCUGUUGUAAAUAUUGUAAUAUAUGCGAGUACCUAAAUUUAACAAUGCGAAAUUUUACAUUGAAAGGGUUCGUUCAUUGUGUAUA